AUCUUGAACCUGCACGUCACAGAAGCAGAAGUCUGUCGUCUAUUCAACCUGCAUCCUUCUUGCUUUCUUCUUUGUGAAAAUAAUAGAAUGAACUGAAAUGGACUCUUUUGACAAGUUUCACAGUAACAAAGACAUUUCCAGAUCUCACGCUGGGACAGACAUCAAUGCUGCAGCAUGUCGUGGAAGCAAUAUUACAAUGCCUGCAUUUAUUAACACUAAAAUAAAAGGCAAUGUCUACAACAUACAUAAUGCACCAGGUGUAAAAAAUACUGGGUAUCGCCCACGCUCUGAAAAACCACAAACCUCAGCAAUAAGAUCAUUAAUUGUCAAACAUAAGACACGGAUCUGCAGUGAGUAUCAGUAUGUGACUGAGUAUAACUCUCUGCCUGGUGAACAAGUGCUGCUGUCUGAGCGCUUCACACAACCUCUGAUCCUUCAGAAACAUAGAGAUCAAAAAGAGAGAGAAGAAGAGCUCCGCUCCAGUGGAGAGGACUUCCAGCAGGUCCUCAGCUCCAAGAGCAGUGAUGAAUCUGUCCAUCUGAACUCUCUGUUCAACCCAGAUCACCAUGGGAUCAGUCCUAGUGCUGUUAUACUGCAGGGUAAUUCAGGCAAUGGGAAAUCCUUCACUGUGCAGAAGAUCAUGAUGGACUGGGCAUCUGAUAAACUCUACAAAGAGCAGUUUGAUAUUGUGUUCCACCUAAAGUGUAAAGAAAUAAACCGCAUUUCUGACAGAAAGAGUUUGGUGGAGAUCUUGAGCUACAGCUGCAGUUUAACAUCAGAUGAGAUCUCACAGAUACUACAGCAGUCACCAGAGAAGGUGCUUUUCAUCAUUGAUGGAUUUGAUGAGCUGAAACUCACACAGGGCCAUAAUAACAUGUCACCUCACACUGAUCUGCUACAAAAAGCCUCACCUGAGGUCACACUUUGUACCCUGCUGAGGGGCCGAAUCCUGCCAGAGUCCUUCCUGCUGGUCACCACCAGAUCUACAGCUACAGAUAAGUUAACUCAGCUGCUCAAAGGACCUCAGCGCUUCUCUGAGAUUAUGGGCUUCACUGAGAAGGGGGUGGAGGAGUACUUCCAGAAGUUCUUUCAGGAUGAGGAACUUUUCAGAAAGGCUUAUACAUUUGUGAAACCAAAUGAAACACUCUUCACUGCCUGCUCCAUCCCUGUCAUCUGCUGGAUCAUCUGCACAACUAUCAAGGAACGAUUUAAAGUUGGUGCAGAUGUAACAAGUGGACUGGAAACCACCACCUCCAUCUACUUUGACUUUGUGUCCACUCUGCUGGAGCAUCACUGCCAGGAUUUGAAGCAGUCUGUCCUGACCGUGCUGAGGAGUCUGGGUCAGCUGGCAGAGAGAGGGAUGCUUGAACAGCAAGUUCUGUUUGAUAAGAAAACGGUUUAUGAAACCGUUUCGGAUCCUGCUGGCAAUCCAUUCCUGUGCAAGUUCCUCUUUAAGAGAAAAAUCCAUCAGGAGACGAUGUUCAGUUUCAUGCAUCUCAGCUUUCAGGAGUUCUUCACCGCUCUGUACUGUCUCCUUCUGGAUGAAGAAGAGUCCCAGAAGAAAAUAACAGAGUUAUUUUCCAUUGGUGCAGUAAAUUGUACUCCUCAUUAUAGUCCUCCACGUUUUGGAGCUGUGGUGCAGUUUGCUUUUGGUCUGUUGAAUAAGGAUGUGAGACGCACACUUAGGAAUAAACAUGGUCUGGUUGUUCAUCCAAACACAGAGGCCCAUUUGAAAAAAUGGAUUUCGACAGAUUUUUGUCUUGCGAACAGAACACUGUUUGCUUUUCAUUGUCUCUAUGAACUCCAUGAAGACGACUUUGUGAAAGAAGUUAUGGAAGCCUGGGAUAUUAUUGAUGCAUAUGGUUCAUUCCUGAGAAGGACAGACUGCUGGGCCCUGCUGUACUGCUCUCAGUGCUGUCAGAGCAUCAAAGAAAUGAUUCUCGUUGAUUGCAGUUUAACACCUGAAAAGUUGUCUAUGAUUCUGCCUGCACUCCCCAAGUUUAAGAAAUUAUGGUUGACUCCAGAAGAUCCAUCAGACUCUGAUGUUGUUAAACUGAUCAUUGCUCUCAUGAGAGGACAGUGCUUGAGCUCACAGCAUGUUGAUGUCGAUCCCCACCGAAUUAAGCAUGGAUGUUGUUCUGUCAGAUCACUUAAUCUGUCAAUCAGUGAAGGGCUAUGCAGGAUCAAAAUAGAUACUGAUGACCCUGGGGCAUCUUUAAAAAUACAGAAUCUCACCUUUCCACACUCAGAGCUAACCAACAUCGACUACACAAACCUUUUUCAGAUGUUUCAUGAAAAAGAUUCAGAUACAGUAAUGUCUGCUGUCCAUUCUUUCUCUAAGCUGAAAAAAAUGGAAAUAAAAUUGGACUACCUUACUGAGAUGUGGUCUGUUUGGACCCUCCAAAUCAUCCAGAACUGCCCCAGUCUAACAGAACUUGUGGUACAUGUUAAUUUGUUUUUGGAGGAGGGCAUUAAGAUCUUGCAGAGGUCAUGCACAAGGCCAGACUGCAUUGUGACAUUUGAUGGGUUCAAAUGUAAUAGUGUGUCCCAAAAUUGCUCGCCAUGGGGGAACUGGAAAUGUGGCUGUGAUCAUCAGGAGGUGAAGAUUUAUCUAAGUUAUCAGGGCUUUUCGGAGGAGAUAUUGCGAAGGCCCUUGUUUGGGAACUAAAGGUACAGCUUAAGUUUACAGGAGUAAACUGUGGGAGUGGCAGCUGUUCCUUAAGUGGUGG